CGCUCCCACGUAACCGGAUCCCAUAGAGCCAGCCAGUCACUGCCGAGGUUUCUCCGGACGCGCCAUGGCCGGGUAGCGGGGAGCUGGUGGGGGCGGCCAGAAUGCUGCGGGCGCUGGCUCAGGCGAUGCGUCUCGCCAUCCUUUUGCAACUGCUCGUCGGCCCCGGCUGGCCAGCUCGGGGCAAAGCGCAGCUGGGGGAGUCUCCCAGUCCGCAGGAAGUGAUGAUCAAGGUCCAGGUAUACGAGAAUGGUGAUUUGUCUCCACUGCCUCAGGCAGCCGUGGAAGUGUAUGGCAACCAGACUUCUCUGGCUUCCGGCACCACUGACCAUGAGGGUGUUAGCAUGCUCUCCAUCACCUAUCGCCUAGGCACCUGGGUCCUUGUCAUGGCCUCUAAGCAUGGCUUUGUUACGAACUCUGUUCCUUGGCGUGUCAUCAAACUGCCACUUUAUGCCUCUGUCAGCCUCUAUCUGCUCCCAGAGCGUCCUGCAACACUAAUCCUCUAUGAUGACCUGGUACAGAUCCUUCUUGGUUCUCCAGGAGCUAAGAGCCAGCCAUGGGCACAGUUCCAGCGCAAAUCUGCCCGCCUGCCUCGCAGCUCCACCUACAGCCAACUCUCAGCUUCUCUGACUGCUGCCAGUAGUGGGCCAGACAUGAGGGGUUUCCCGUCCUUCAUCGGAGCUGAAAACAAUGGCAAUGCCAAUAACACAUGGCUGGAGUUGGUGCCCAUUGUUGCAGUCAGCAUUCACCUCUUCACUGGUAAUGGAACAGAAGUCCAACUGACAGGCUCUGUCCACCUUUCUAUCCCACUGCCACCUGAUACUGCUGCUGCAGCAACCAACAGCAUACCAGCCUGGCACUUUGAUCUCAAGAGUGGUCUGUGGAUCCGGAAUGGGACUGGACUCAUCCGCAAGGAAGGCAACCAGCUUUACUGGACAUUCAUCUCUCCACAACUCGGCUAUUGGGUAGCUGCCGUGCUGUCUCCAUCAACAGCAGCAGGCAUAAAAGACAUUGCCACCUACCACACCAUCUUUCUGCUCACCAUCUUGGGUGCCCUGGCAUUACUGGUCCUCAUUCUGCUCUGUCUGCUUAUCUACUAUUGCAGGAGACUAUGUUUGAAGCCACGUCAGCACCAUAGAAAGCUUCAGCUCUCUGGGGCACUGGAUGCUUCCAAGAAAGACCAGGCCACAUCAAUGUCUCAGAUCAACCUCAUCUGCACAAGCCACAUGGAGACUGCAUCAUCCAGUGGGGACACAGAUGUGCACACACCCAUCCUCAAGUCAGCCUUUUCCUCAUCUCGUGAGUUUGAGAGCUCCCGUGAGGAAUUCUUCAAGCAAGUAUCAAACCAGAAGGUGCGUCAUGCUAGCAAGGCCUCCACAACAGACACACUGAGUCAGCGAGGUAGUCAUCUCAAGGAUGACUACCGUCGAGGGGUGGCCCACUCUAUAGAUGUCCCUGGCACACUUGAGCCUCCUCUCCUGGAGGACUACAAACACAGUUAUUCGCAUCAGUGCGUGGAGGACAAGAGCAAUGAGGUACAACGCAAGCAAGCUCGUAAUGACAGCAAGGCCUACCUGCAGGAGCCCCCAUCACCGGCACCUCUCCCACCUCCUUUUGACCACUGUGCAGGUCACAAAGGGGACCCCAAACCCCCUGACUUCAUGAUAUCACAGUCUGUAGACCGUCUUGCCCGUCCCACCUCACUGAGCCAACCUGGACAGCUAAUCUUCUGUGGUUCCAUUGACCACAUGAAGGAUACUAUGUACCGACAUGUCAUGCCAACACUUGUCAUUCCAGCCCACUAUAUGCGUCUGGCGCCAUCGGAGCAGCCUACAGCAGGCUCUGAGAACAAACCAGAUAUGGAUCCAGUUGGCAUGGGACUUCCUCACCAGUUUGGGCCCCAAGAGCAGCAGCAGCGGCAGCAACAGCUCCUUCAACAGCAGCUGCAACACCCACAGUUCCAGCUCCAACAACACCAAGGGGAAGACACUGAGGUGAAGGGUUGGGGCCCACACACACAGUCUGUCAGUGGUUCAGUCACCAUUCCAGUAUUAUUGAAUGAAUCCACUAUGGCCCAAUUGAAUGGGGAGUUGCAGGCACUGACUGAGAAGAAACUGUUGGAGCUGGGUGUGAAACCACAUCCACGUGCCUGGUUUGUUUCACUCGAUGGGCGUUCCUCACAGGUUCGCCAUUCUUAUAUCGAUCUCCAGGGAAAUGAGAGAAGCCGAAGUAAUGAUGCCAGUCUGGACUCGGGUGUGGAUGUCAAUGAAGUCAAGCCAUCCAAACGCUCGAAGGAGGAGCGCCUGGCCCCUGCUAUGGGCCCCACUUACUCCAAGCUAGUUUUUGCUGAUGCUGACAUUGAGCAAAGCAGCAGUGAGAGCCGCACUGCCAUUUGCUCACCUGAGGACAACUCACUGACACCCUUGUUGGAUGAGAACACUGAACAUCGUGCUGCUACUAUUCCCCGACAUGGGCGUAGCCGUGGCAACAGCUCCCGCAGCAGUAACAGCAACAGUGAACUGCGCCGUGACUCAAUGACCAGCCCAGAGGAUGACAGCAAUGAACCUUCUGAAGGAACUGAUGACCAGGCGGACAAGAAGAGCCCCUGGCAGAAACGUGAGGAGAGACCCCUCAUGGUCUUCAAUGUGAAGUAGCUGGCAGAUGAAGGUUCACCCUUAUUGCAUAAUGGGGUAGGGAGGGACAGGGAAUAGAAAUCACCAGAACCAUUGAGAUUAGUAUUCACAUGCAAGUCUGGUGCUGCUUCCUCUUCUCUCCAUCCAGUCAAGUCCUUGGCAGAACAGAAACCCCUGACUUUUAACAUCAGAGAUGGACCAAACAAGUUGCAGAAUGUGUCAAGCUGUGCUCUCUGUUUCUUUCCCAGCAUACCCUGUGAUCACUCAAGAUACAGGUUAAUGUGCAGGAAGAUGCAUCCAAGGCAGUUUAAGAAAUGUCACAGCAACUGCCUAAGUUUGCCCUCUAUCCCUUUCCACCAAUACCAACCACUGUGAACCAGUAAUGUGGGGCACAGGAAUUGCUGAGGGUGUGAUGACAGCAAAGCAAGCUUCACUGCUCUGUGGCUCUUGGGCAGUCCCCAAAAGGGCAUGGCCUCUCCUAUGUGGUUCCUGUUCCAAGAAUGUUAAGCUCCCCACCCAUCUUGUCAUAACCAGAACUAGCUUUGGCCCAUUGUCCUGACACAUUGGACAGUAGAGGUGAAAUGGAAGGUAUUACUGGGCUUCUUCAUCCUCCUUGCGUUGGGGGCUUUGUACAGUUCCUUUUUAAAUUCAGUUGUGUGGCUUUUCAAAGCUGUAGCAUGGUUUGAGAGGGAAGCAAGUUCCUGAGGGGUCUAGACCAGUGUCCAUCCCUGCCUGUUGUGCCUCAAUGCCCCAACAACCUGGGUUAUGCUACAGAGCCCGGAGAA